GAUUAUGAAUGACAGAUUCGUCAUCCUCAUUCCUUGUUAAAGAUAAAACAAUACAUACAAAAUAAUAAUGAAAAUACAAGUAACUUAAACGAUGACGAGGUGGAAAUUUAUUUAGCGUUUAUUUACCGACAUAAUAUCUUGAAGGGGUUUGGUUAUUAUUUCUUUCAGAAAAAACUUAACGUCAAAAGUAAAAUCAAAUUUGAAACCACCAGUGACCAGAUAUAAACGUUCGCGGAUCUAGAAUCGCGUGUUUAUUUGCUUCAUAGUUCUUUCACUUCUAAAUAAAUAAUGGCUUUUGAAUAAGCUGGAAACAUUAAUUGUAUUUUGAAUACCGAAAUAUGAAUUAUACAAACUUUUUUAUGUAUUAAAUAUUUUAUUUCUAAAGUACUUUUAUUUGAAAAUCUUGAUGCAAAAACUCAGUAUUUUAAGGUUUGAAUAAACUUACAACAACAUUAGUUAAGCUAUCAUCAGCAUUUUACAGAUAAAAUGCAUUCUACAAAUAAUUAUAGUUCUACAAAACUGUUUGAGGAGGACAUACCCACUGAUUUUAAAGUACUAUGGCUGAACACUACAUUGAAAUUUGUAAAAAAUGAUAAACAAUCACUCUUGAAAUAUCCAGAAAUGCCUGCUAACAGAAUAAAAUUUCUUAAAGUAAUGAUAACAACAUCAAAUACAAAUGGAUUAUUUUCUCCACUUUGGGAAGCAUUGAAAAUAAUGAGCUUAAAGUAUGAUUUUCGAAUGUAUGUUGAACGUACAGGGUCUGAGCAAGGACAUUUGUUUUUGAAGAAAAUACUCAAGAAAGAAAAUGUUGACGAUAAAGGAGAGAGCAGACCAGAAUCAUGCACAGUAUCCAAAGCACAGAAGAAGAGGGAAAAGAAGAAACGCAAUAAAAAAGAAUUUACUCAAACAGUUAGAGAACAAGUGGAUUCGAUAUCGCCUUUAUUUGUUAAGAAUACAUUGAAUACGAUUUUCGAGUUUGUCGAAGAUGAGGCACAGGCUAGUUUGCCGUUUGACAGCUUGUCGCGAGUGGAGGCGCAGUUUAUAUAUAAUGUAAAUGGUAUUUUAAAGCGAAAAGACGCAAUGAAGGAAUUAUUCUCGCCAGUUUGUAAUAUAUUAUGGAAGAAAAUACAUGACAAGUUGAAAGAUGCGACUCAUUUUGCGCUAGAAAUGUCCAGCAUCAAUGUUGAUCCUGAUACAGCCAAGAGACAGAUGACGUUGUUCAAAACACCCAAGUUUAAUAAGAAAACUGAAGAAAUAAAUGAAAGUGUAGACUCUGACAUUGAAAAUGAGAGUCCUCCGAAUACGGAAAGAGCUAUAUCUGAUGUUAACAGGUUGAAAUUAUUGCAAUCUAUAGAAAAUUGUGUAAAGAAAGACUCACCACAACAAGCAACACAAACUAAAUCACAAGUAACUCGUAUAAAUAGCGUUAAAAUGUUAAAAAUUAAAGUAAGUAACAACUUACUUAACGAAUCAUCGAAUAGUAGGGAAUUAGAAGUAAAUGUUACGAAACCAGUAACAAAUACUAAAGAGCGAAUAGAUAUUAAAUCAGUAAAGAAUAACUCAGAAGGAAUAAACAAUACAAAACCAGCAACAAAUACAGAAUCAGUAACAAAUAAAAAACCAGCAACAAAUAAAGAUCCAGCAACAAAUAAAGAUCCAGCAACAAAUAAAGAUACAGCAACAAAUAAAGAUCCAGCAACAAAUAAAGAUCCAGCAACAAAUAAAGAUCCAGUAACAAAUAAAGAAUCAUCAACAAAUAAAGAUCCAGUAACAAAUAAAGAAUCAUCAACAAAUAAAGAUCCAGCAACAAAUAAAGAUCCAGCAACAAAUAAAGAUCCAGCAACAAAUAAAGAUCCAGCAACAAAUAAAGAUCCAGCAACAAAUAAAGAACCAGUAACAAAUAGAGUACCAGCAUUAAAUAGUAAUCCAGUUAUAGAUAAAGAAUCCGUGAUUGAUAAUAUUGAUAGAGGAUUAUCUAAGUUAGAAAUAAAUUCAAAUAAAAUACCCACUGUGGAAAAGACUGUUGUUGGAAGAAAGAGAAAUAGAACGAUACAAGUGCCGACUAUGUCUGGCGCAUUAAAAGAAAAGAUGGAAACAUCAAGGCUGUCCAACCCUAAAGUGAAAUUAAUUGAAGGCUUAUCGAAACCUUUAGAGAGUGAAAAGGGUUUAAGAAUGAUGCGUUGUAUGGGAUGGGAUGGUGGUGCAUUAGGGACACGGGAGGGGGGCAUAACCGAGCCGAUAAUGCCGGCUUUGCAUCUCACAGCCAAAGCUGGCCUCGGCCACGUUGGUACUAACAAAGUCGUCAAGGCCAAAAAUGGCGUAGAAUAUCGCAUACAUAUUUUAGAAAAUAUACUAAAUCUACUAAAUGGUAGUUCAAAUGAAUUGGUGAUUGACUUCUGUGACCAAUUGAACAAAAAGGAGGUAAAUUUCCUUGGUAAUGUCAGUCGUGCGCUGUUGAGCGGAAAACGUAUCGGAGUCAAUAGUGAGCGUGAGGUAGAGCUGGAUAAGCGGAUUUCAGCUUUUUUGUCCUCGAAGCUGGAUUUGAUGGUCGAUAUACAGGUUGUUAAUAAUAGACAAAUUAAACUAGAAAAGAAGUCGAUUUUGUACGUACAAAAUGAAACUAAACAAAAACAAAGUGUUUUUGUGUUAGAAAAUCGUUUUGAUAAACCAAAUGCUGGUAAAAAAAAAGCGAAUAAAGAUGUUCGCGGGGAUCAUGAACUUUUAACAGACAAAGAGAUACUAUCUCUGUUAGAUCUAAAAGAGCAGAUGAAAAUCUCAAAGAAAUCUAUGAAUAAACUUAAGUUACGAUUGUUUAUAAUAAAAUCGUUAUUGGACUUUAUUAAAAGCGACUCUGAUAAUGUCACUUUGAAUUGUAAAUUGUCGUCACCUAUGAGGAAAUAUGUACAUGGAUUGUGCUCAGCCAUAAAUAGCAGAAUGGAACACAAAUUUCGUUUUAAUAUAGAGACGUUUGUUUGGUUGGAUAUCGUGCAAUGUUUGAAGGGGACAGACCUUUAUCUCGUAGUUCGAAUGGAUCCCAGGUAUGUUUUGCUUGUCAAUUGUCAAAAGUUGCAUUUUUGACAAUUUGAUGAUUGACUCCUUUGACUUCCCGAGUCGAAUCCGUUAAAUUGUCAUUUAAAUUUGACAGAUACUUCAUUUAUGAUUCUUGAGUCUUAGUGAUCACAUUUAACCCCUAUUUAUUAAAAAAAAACAGUCUGCACCAAUUUAACUGAAGUACUCGUCUGUCUCUUUUUAUCAUAACGUAAAUACAAUUUGACA